AUGGGGAAGAAAAACUUCAGAGUUGACAUGCCCCCAGAAGAUACCAGACCCAAACUGCGCCGAUUGAAGAGAGCAAGGCUUACCAGUGUCCCAGUACAGUCUGCCCAAAGCAACUUUAGCUGGCAUGGACUGCUCGAUCGACUGGUGAAAGAUAUGCCUUUGGAUAUUGUAGUCGAGAUUUCUGCGUACUUGCAACCCCUCGAUCUGCUCUCGUUGUCUCGAACAAACAGAGAUCUCCGUACUUUCCUCACAUCCCGGUCCUCCGAAAUUGUCUGGCGGUCAGCUCGAGCAAACGCAUACCUAUCGCUCCCUCCUAUCCUAGAAGAUUUGGACGAACCGUCUUACGCUAGCUUGGCAUUUGAUGCAACUUGCUAUGUGUGCAGACGUCCGUGCCAAAGAAUCAUUUGGGAGCUCAGGGUAUGCUGUCACCCGGACAAAUGCGAAUCUGGAAUAUUCUUCACCAUUGACGAUCUUCCUGAACAACUACCUCACUAUGCCACAGAACUAAAGGAGCUAGGGGAACUGACAGACGUCUCCUUCCAAACGCGUGAGUCACCUAAAUGUUCCUCUCGACAACAACCUUCCCGUAUUCCUUUUUAUACAGGUGUUCAGAAGCACAAUGAUGAGGGCAUGGCUAUGACAUAUUGUAAGCAAGUCGUCGAACAACACUGUCGUGAAUAUGUCAAAGUAAAACACGAUGCCGAAAAACUCGAGAAAUGGAGAUCUUCAAGAGAAGAAUACUACAAUGCCCGGGAACAGUAG